CACCAACACACACUCACACACACACCCCUCCCUUUUCAAGUCCUUCCUAAUCUAGUAAAUCGUUUAGUUCCUGAACUCGAGUUGUUUUCUGGAAAAUCCCAUGACCAUAGCCUUCUACCUUUGAUGCCUAGGAUCUAAGAAUCUUGGUUUUAUUGGGAUCGAACCGGAAGUCAGAGAGGAGCUCUGGACAAAUAUGAGGAAUCCUUGAUUUUGUUAAUGAACAAUGAUGGCUAAUCCAGAUGCAUCGACAUUGAUAGCAUCUUCGGAAUCCUCUGGAAAAAAGGCCACACAUUUGGCAGAUUCAAACAUAAACAUGCUUCAACCUUCUUCAAGCCAUCAAAGUCGAACCUCCUCAGAUGGUCCUAUUGCUAUCCUUUGGGACAUUGAGAAUUGCCCUGUCCCAAGUGAUGUCCGCCCUGAAGAUGCAGCUGGUAAUAUUAGAAUGGCUUUGCAGGUUCACCCUGUAAUUAAAGGAGCGGUUGUGAUGUUUUCUGCCUACGGAGAUUUUAAUGCAUUCCCUAGGCGACUCAGAGAAGGCUGUCAGAGAACCGGUGUCAAGCUUAUAGAUGUCCCAAACGGGAGAAAGGAUGCUGCUGACAAGGCAAUCUUGGUUGACAUGUUUCUGUUUGCCCUUGAUAACCCUCCACCUUCUUCCAUCAUGUUGAUCUCUGGGGAUGUAGAUUUUGCUCCAGCACUUCACAUUCUUGGCCAACGUGGAUAUACAGUGAUCCUUGUUAUCCCCGCUUGCGUUGCCGUUUCCUCAGCACUCACUAAUGCUGGUAAGUUUGUUUGGGACUGGCCUAGUGUGGUUCGUGGGGAAGGCUUUGUUCCCCCCACCAAGGUUUUAAUGCCCCCUCGUGGAGGUGUAGCUGACACUGCAGUGUAUCUCAUGGGAUGUCAUAUCAAUGACAACCCCAAUGCCCAAAAUGAUGAGGAGGCAAUUGUAUAUAGGGGAAUCUCAGAAAGUUAUUGCAAUUUGAGGGAUCUCUCAUUAUGGUCACAAUCUUUAUCUGAAUACAACAAUAUUUCUUCAACCUUGCCUUGUCUUCCUACGACUUUGAGAUCACAAAGUCUUCCUUCUGGUUUGAAUGAAGUUUCAGGAGGUGGUGUUUCUUCUGGUGAUCAGAUGGAAUCUACUUUGUGGGUACAGCCUGGAGAUCUAAAUGGACUAAAAAGCCAGUUGGUAAAAUUGCUGGAACUUUCAGGAGGAUGCCUGCUUCUGACCCGAGUUCCAGCCGAGUACCACAAGUGUUUUGGGCGGCCUCUUUAUGUAUCAGAGUAUGGAGCAUUGAAGCUGGUAAAUCUUUUCAGGAAGAUGGGUGACACAAUGGUUGUAGAGGGGAAGGGCCGUCAGAAAUUUGUCCAUCUUCGAAAGUCUGGCCCCAGUGCUCCACCUUUGGUUUUGACAAGGAAGGAUAAGAAGGGAAAGGGGACCCAGGAAGAGUGUAUUGAUAAUAAUGUCACAGGUGGUGGCUCUUCAGAUGAAUUCUUAGAUGAAGAGAGAGUGGUUAUCGAAGAAAAUGAUGUGAGCAAGAGCCGAUAUUAUAAUCAGGGAACAGCAGCCCGUUGUGAAAUUGAUGACCGCAGUCUUGAGCAGUUCAAGUAUGAGUUGCAAGAGAUUCUAGUCAGCUAUUCUUGUCCAAUUUUUCUCGGUAGCUUUGAGGCGAUAUACCAGCAACGGUACAAGAAACCUCUUGAAUAUAAAAAAUUAGGUGUGAAUCAGCUAGAGGAACUGCUUGAGAAAGUGAGCGAUGUGGUGGAGUUGCAUGAAGAACCCAUAAACAAGAGGAAGUUCCUGGCUGCCGUUAGUGGCUAGAAGAAUAAAGGCAGCUGAGGUCUCUGUACUCUUUUUUGUGUCUUUAUUUGAUAGAUAUGAAAAAGAAUAGUCCAGCGCGUAUAACGACAGACUCCAGCUUUUUUCCUUUUUCAGUUCGUCCUACAUGGAUUUGAAGGUUUUAACAUGAAAAUUUUCCAUGUAGGACUCUUGCCUAAUCAUUUUUACUGACUAGCUGCUAAUGGAGAUCUUUAUGUAAUUGACCUGCAACUUAUUAUUGUAUUUGUACUUUCGAUCCUAAUAAUCACCAUUAAAGAUUCGGUUUUAUUUACCA